GUCAUGUCCUGGAGUUGGGAGAGCGUUAGACUGAAGAUCUAAAGGUCCCUGGUUCGAUCCCGGGUUUCGGCAUGACGUUGAUUGUUACAGAUAUAAUAUGUAUUUCUGACAGACUCGAGCCAUUGAUCAGACACUUCAUCAGUGUGAUAAUCGAUCUAUCUCCUGCCGGCUGACGUCACUUUGUCCUAAUGGUCAUUUGUGUAAUUGAUGUAUCACUCGACUCUACAAUGGGGAUGUGCUAUCAUUGUCUUGCCCGUUUAGAGCAAGUAAAAACUAGAUAUUUCCACCGGUCAUGCAAACGAUCGCUUUUGCUUCAUUUUACCUCUUCGUAAUUACAGUAAAAACAAAUCAUCCCAGUAAUAAAACAUGUUCGUUACCGUACUUCCGUCUUUCAUAAUAAGAUCCUGCUUCAACAACACCGCUUCCUACUCGAUGUUUAGUUAAACUCUCUUCUCAUUUAAAUCAUUUAAAAUAGCAACUGACAGAUUAUCUUUGGAAACCUGGCAUUUGUUGUGUAUUUCUCCCGCGGCACGGCAGAAACUUUAUUUCAACUUCUCUGCCUCUCUCUACCUUGACAACAUGUUAUGUCACACUUUAACCUAGAUUUUCACUGGCCACACAAAGCAGUGUAAAACUCGCUCUAAACACACCCAUAUUAGUGCAGGACUUGACCAGCAAAACCGAGAAUAUAUGCAUUUUAAACGAGGAAAGCUCGUCGUUCAAGGUUGACUUCGGCGUUUUUACUGCGAUUUCUUUUAUCAAAGUAACUAGUAUAGUAUUUAGACACGUACAUUUUUAUGUAGUUUCACAGAUUCUUAGACAUAUAUAAAUUAAUUCUGUUUAGAUUUAGGUGGCGAAGUAAUCUCGCAAAACCUCACGUAGUCCGUGAAAGGACACGGUUCCGCUAAAUGAUGCGGCUGGGCGGUCUCCGCCUUAGUCUGUGUGAAUACCAUAGGGCGAACCGUUAUAUAUGCUGAUUUUACUCCGUAUUUUUAAAUAACGUGGAUAUUUUCACGCUUUAUCUUCUAAUAUGGAGCUGGACCGUCGGCUGCUGAUGGCACAUUGUGCGGCUCACGCCCUCUCGAUCGUGGCGGGCUUGCUGGUAGUCGUCCCCAUGGCUCUCAACGGCUCCGCUUUUAAAGGCCGCUGCGCACUCUUCUCCACCGGCUACUGGAGCACAGAGAACCGCACAGAGAACCGGCCCGAGCUGACAGGACAGCCGGGAGACGCCUCUCACCUGGUUGUGCAGCACUGGGGCCCACUGGCAAGCUGCCAGUUCGCCACAUUUGUCGGUAUUUUCACGGUGCUGUACGGUGCUGCGCAGGGCUGGAGGAGCCUGUUUUAUCUGCAUGGACGACAUGACGACACCCUGUUCUCGUCGUUCUUGACAGUGCUGCUGAGUAUGUGUGUGUUCUUCCUGUCCGGAGGGGCCAGUGUUAUCUUGUCUCUGGGACUGGCCUCCUGGUGUGACACCGUGACGGAUGAUAACACACGGCCCUAUAGCUGUGCAGAGUCUGAGUCUGUUCCACUUUACCUGGACGUGGACACCUCCUCCUUCUACACAGAGCUCAGUCUGGCACAGGCCUCUCUGUGGUGUGUGACUGCCCUGUGGCUGGCUCAGUCCAUCCUGGCCUUCCUGCGGCUGUACCACUCCCAUAGCCAGCACAUCAGUGGGCCUUGUCUUCCUCGUGAGAAGGAACUGUUGCUGGGAUACAGUCAGUCUGACAGCGGCUCCCUUUCACCUCCACAUCCUUCAGCUACACCCACCAUUUUAGUCUAAAAGUGAAUAAUGUAGUGAUAUAAGGUAUUAUGCUGAACUCCAUAGUAUACCUUAAGUUUUAUGGGAUUUUUUGGUUUGUUUUACCCUUAUCAGUGCUGAUAGUGUCUACACCACAGUUCUUAAUGCUACAAUCUUUAAUACUGCAUGUAGAAUGUGGGAAUAAUAGUUUAGGACAUACUAUUUAAUCUGGUUGUUUUGGUAAAAUUUAUUAUCUUGUAUGAUACAGCCUGACAGAUCAAUCCUAUACAGUAUAUCAGCCAGUAAGUAACUAAGAGGUUGCAGUAUAGGCAAAUGCCAAAGAAGUUUUUGAUGUAAUUUAGAAACAUCUAUUAUCUAUACUGCUUAUCCUGUAGAGGGUCACGGGGGGGGGGC